AAUUAAGAAGAAGGGGCUUUUGCCAUCACAGCAGAUGAAGAGCCACUGGUGAAUCAAUCAGGAUUUCUGACCUGCUCUCCCAAGAAAAGGAGCCGAAAGAAUGUCGGAGCGGGCCGCGGAUGACGUCAGGGGGGAGCCGCGCCGCGCGGCGGGCGGAGCAGCGGCCGCCCGGCAGCAGCAGCAGCAGCAGCAGCAGCAACCUCCGCAGCCCCAGCGGCAGCAGCCGCCGCCACGGCGCCUGCGGCCGGAGGACGGCGGCCCCGGCGUCGCCUCCACCUCGGCCGCCGCAAUGGCGACGGUUGGGGAACGCAGGCCCUUGCCCAGUCCUGAAGCGAUGCUGGGGCAGCCGUGGAAUCUGUGGGUCGAGGCUUCCAAACUUCCAGGGAAAGAUGGCACGGAAUUGGAAGAAAGUUUCAAGGAGUUUGGGAAAAACCGCGAAGUCAUGGGGCUCUGCCGGGAAGACAUGCCAAUAUUUGGUCUCUGUCCAGCCCAUGAUGAUUUCUACUUGGUGGUGUGUAACGACUGUAAUCAGGUUGUCAAACCGCAGGCAUUUCAAUCACAUUAUGAAAGAAGACACAGUUCCUCCAACAAGCCUUCUCUGGCCGUUCCUCCCACUUCAGUAUUUUCCUUCUUCCCUUCUCUGUCCAAAAGCAAAGGAGGCAGUGCAAGUGGAAGCAGCCGUUCUUCCAGUGGAGGUGUUCUCAGUGCAUCCUCAUCAAGUUCCAAGUUGUUGAAAUCACCCAAAGAGAAACUGCAGCUCAGGGGGAACACCAGGCCAAUGCAUCCCAUGCAGCAAAGUAGACCCCCCCAUGGUAGAAUCAUGACGCCCUCUGUGAAAGUGGAAAAGAUUCAUCCCAAGAUGGAUGGCACACUACUGAAGCCUGCAGUGGGGCCCACAUGUCCUGCUACUGUGAGUUCCUCAGUCAAGCCUGGCCUUAACUGCCCCUCAAUACCAAAGCCAACCUUGCCUUCACCUGGACAGAUUCUGAAUGGCAAAGGGCUUCCUGCACCGCCUGCUCUGGAAAAGAAAUCUGAAGAUACUUCCAAUAACCGAAAAUUUUUAAAUAAGAGAUUAUCAGAAAGAGAGUUUGAUCCUGACAUCCAUUGUGGGGUCAUUGAUCUCGACACCAAGAAGCCCUGUACCCGGUCUUUGACAUGCAAGACACAUUCCUUAACGCAGCGGAGGGCUGUCCAGGGUAGAAGAAAACGAUUCGAUGUGUUAUUAGCCGAGCACAAAAACAAAACCAGGGAAAAGGAAUCGAUUCGCCAUCCGGACUCUCUGCAACCACCGCAGCCUCUCAGGGACCCGCAUCCCGCCCCUCCCAGACCGUCGCAGGAGCCACACCAAAACCCUCACGCCGUGAUUCCUUCCGAAUCAAAGCCUUUCAUAGCUAGUAAACCUAAACCUCACACCCCCAGUCUUCCAAGGCCUCCAGGCUGCCCUGCUCAGCAAGGUGGGAGUGCCCCCGUUGACCCCCCUCCAGUCCUUGAGUCUCCACACCCUCCCCUGCCUGCCACUGAGCCAGCUUCUCGGUUAUCCAGUGAGGAGGGUGAAGGCGAUGACAAAGAAGAGUCUGUUGAGAAACUGGACUGUCACUAUUCAGGUCAUCAUCCUCAGCCAGCCUCUUUUUGCACAUUUGGGAGCCGGCAGAUUGGAAGAGGUUAUUACGUGUUUGACUCCAGGUGGAACCGACUUCGCUGCGCCCUCAACCUCAUGGUGGAGAAGCAUCUGAAUGCGCAGCUGUGGAGGAAAAUUCCACCAGUGCCCAACAGUACCACAUCACCCAUCUCCACACGUGUUCCUCACCGGACAAAUUCUGUGCCGACGUCCCAGGGCGGAGUCAGCUAUCUUACAGCAGCCACCGUCUCUACAUCCCCAGUUCUUGUCUCGUCCACCUGCAUCUCCCCCAGCGGCAAAUCGGUACCGGCCCAUGGAACCACCCUGAACGCGCAGCCUGCCACCUCGGGAGCCGUGGAUCCCGUGGCGUGCAGCAUGCAGUCCAGACAGGUGUCGUCAUCAUCUUCGUCCCCUGCCACACCCUCUGGCCUGUCCUCAGUCCCUUCCUCCCCCAUGUCCAGGAAACCUCAGAAGUUGAAAUCCAGCAAGUCUUUAAGACCCAAGGAGUCUUCUGGUAACAGCACUAACUGUCACAAUGCCAGUAGUAGUAGUACCAGUGGCGGCUCAGGAAAGAAACGCAAAAACAUUGCCCCUCUGUUAGUUCACCCCUCCUCCUCCACCUCCUCCUCUUCUUCUCAUUCCAUGGAGUCUUUUAGGAAAAACUGUGUGGCUCACCCUGGGCCUACGUACCCUUCCACGGUGAUGUCUUCUCAUAGCAGUGGCCUCAACUGUGUGACAAAUAAAGCCAACUCAGUGAGCGUCCGGCACGACCAGUCAGGGAGGGGGCCCCCAGGUGGGAGCUCUGCCGAAUCUAUCAAGAGGAUGAGUGUGAUGGUGAACAGCGGGGAUUCCACUCUUUCUCUUGGUCCAUUCGUUCACCAGUCCAGCGAACUGCCCGUCAACUCCCAUGGCGGUUUCCCACACUCACACACUCCUCUAGACAAGCUCAUAGGAAAGAAGAGAAAGUGCUCCCCCGGCUCCAGCAGCGUCAGCAACAGCAGCAAGCCCACAAAGGUUGCCAAACUGCCAGGCGUGAACAACGUCCACAUGAAACACACAGGCAGCAUCCCAGGGGCGCAAGGCCUGACGAACAGUUCCCUUCUGCAUCAGCUUGGCUCUGCCUUCAGCUCGUCUCUCACCAUCUCCUUCAUCAGGACCUCUCCUCACUCUGCUUGUGAACAGGAAUGCCAGCAGCAUCUCCCCAGAGCCCCGAUUUAAAAUCCAAAGGCACGACCCUGACAACUGACAGUGUCACUGGGAGGACUAAUCCGGACCCUUUUGAGGACAAGUUACACCUUCACUCAGCACUCUGGACUCCACGAUGCCUUGAGUCUGUUUGCCCAGCCUCCCGUGGGCCUCAAGGGUAGCAGCCUGUCGGGCUGGCGUUUUCAUGAGGAUUUCCCUGAAGCUAUGUCUGUAGCAGUGAGUACUCACAAGGACACUGGAUCAGGUUCAGCCACCGAAUUGCUAAUGUCAGUGUUAAAGUGGUCUGGACUGCUUGCUACCAAUCUGUGAGAGUUUUUGUUCUUGCUUUGUUUUUUAACUUAUCAUGGAGCCACUCUUUGAUUGGCCAGGCAGAAGAAUGUUUUGGCAAGAGCGUUACUGUAGACUUUCCUCUCUUCCCUUUCCUGCCAGGGUUUUUGUUUGUUUGUCUGUUUUUGUUUUUGUUUUGGUUUUGGUUUGGUUUUUGUUGUUGUUGUUGUUACUAUUUGUUUUACAUACUGUCUUGUGUAGGUCACUCCCUCUCCAGCAGUCAGGCUUCUUCCCAAGGGACUGGAGACCUCCCAGAAGAUAGCAAACUGCAGAGCAACCCUCCAGCAAAGGGAACUUGGCUUUAGAUUUCCAUAACGAUGUUCUAGGAGUGGAAUAUGGACAUUAGUGCCAGGCACCGUGAUGAAAAUAGCCUAGCGUCUCACGCGGAAUCCGGCAUAGAUUUUCCGAAGUUGUGGACUUAAAAAUAAGUUGAAGCCAUUGUUGACCAGACAGCAAGUAUACACCAUUUUAGAGGCUUACUUUUCAUAGAACAAGAGCAUUUCUGUGUGAUUUCAACAAAACAAAAACAAAAA